AUGGAUUUUACCGAUAUAUUCAAACAAUCCUUGUAUCUUUGUCGCUUUUCUCCAAACGCAAAAUAUUUAGCUACAGCUUCACAAUGUUAUCUUGUUAUACGCGAAGCAACUUCUUUGCAAAUUGUGUUCAUGAUAACUUGGUCUGAAAUUGUUCAGAAUGUUAUAUGGUCUCCUGAUUCAGAAUUAAUAUUAAUAUCUAGUUAUAAAACUGGCAAAGUCACUAUAUAUAAAUUAAAUGAUAAAAAAUGGAGUGCGGAUAUCGAAGAAGGAACAUUUGGCCUAACUAAUGUAAAAUGGAGUUCAGAUGGUCGAACCGUGUUAUGUUUUUCCGACUUUCAGCUACGAAUAACAAUAUGGUCAUUAAUGACUAAAGAAGUGUGCUACAUACAAUAUCCCAAAUAUUAUGAUAAAGGAUUCGACUUUCGAAAAGAUGGCCAUUAUUUUGUUUUAGCGGAACGUCGUGAUGGUAAAGAUUAUUUGGGAGUCUAUGAUUGUGAUAAUUCAUUUAAAAUGAUGAAAGUGGAUACGUUUGAUUUGGAGAAUUUAGCUUGGUCUCCCGAUGGACGAUAUAUAGCAGUGUGGGACAAUUGUAUUCAUUACAAAGUACUAAUAUAUACACCAGACGGACGAUGUCUACAAACAUAUUCAGCAUAUGACAAUGGAUUAGGUGUAAAAUCUGUUACAUGGUCUCCUUCGAGUCAAUUUUUGGCUGUUGGAAGUUAUGAUCAAAAAAUUCGAUUUCUCAAUAAUUAUACUUGGACACUAAUUAUUGAAUUUACACAUGCUAUCCAAUUGAAAAAUCGAGACUUGACAAUAUGGAAAGAAGAGUUAGAUAGCUUAAAGGAAUCUGGAAAAACUGUUGCUCAUUACAUAACCUUAGAACAGCCCCUUCUAGAAUUACAUUCAAUUAGACCUGAUCCAGAAAAACCCAAUCCAAAAAUUGGUGUUGGCGUAUGCAAGUUCAAUGCCACCGGAAGUUUAAUAGCUUCUCGUAACGACAAUAUGUCUGAUUGUCUCUGGAUUUGGGAUAUUUCAAUGAUGAAGCCUAUCGUUUUAAUCGUACAUUUAUCGUCAAUACGGCAUUUCUACUGGAAUCCUAUUAAUCCAGAACAAUUAGUGAUAUGUUGUGGUAAUAGAAAUGUGUAUUUUUGGUCUGGUCAGAAAUCUGGUGCUGAAAUAAUCGAAGUACCUGCUAUCAGUUUUAAAGUUAACAAUGUUAAAUGGAAUCCAAAUGGUAAAUCUUUAGUUUUAAUGGAUAAAGAAAUAUUUACUAUGCUUAACAUUACCAAGUAG